AUGACUAUCAAAUCGAAAUCCCCGUCGAUCGGUUUAGACAACCGCAACGAGAGCGGGAUCAAUAACGGCAUCAAUAACGGUUCCAAUACCCCAAUCUCGGAAUCUAAUCAAAAGUCUAUCCUAGCAAAUUCAGGUAAACCACAAGAUCAAUCUCAUCUUCCGCUGGCUAGUGACCACGCUAGCACUUUUGAACCAAUCGAUGAAUGCCAAUACGCUAAUCGCUCUCUUGGUCGCUCACAUCAGCACGUUGAAGAGAGCUACUGUGAUUGCUAUCUCAGCAAUUCAGCGUGUGCCCACUCCAGUGACUGUAUAAACCGUCUUACCCAAGUCGAGUGUCUUCUCGACGACUGCAAGAGUGGUCCUCACUGCCGCAAUCAGCGUUUCCAACGACGUCAAUGGGCUGGUCUUGACGUUGUUGCGACUGAGAAGAAAGGCUAUGGAUUACGCGCUCAACACGACAUGGACAGAGAUACUUUCCUCAUUGAAUACAUAGGCGAAGUCGUAACUCAAACUCAAUUCCUACGUAGAAUGACCUCCUACGCCAAAGAAGGCAUAAAACACUUCUACUUCAUGAUGCUCCAGAAUGAGCAGUUUAUUGACGCCACACGUAAGGGAAACGUUGGUCGUUUCGUAAACCACUCCUGCGCACCUAACUGCUUUGUCAGCAAGUGGGUCGUCGGACGUUACGUCAAAAUGGGCAUCUUCACUAAACGUCGCAUACAUAAAGGUGAAGAACUCACUUUCAAUUACAACGUAGAUCGUUAUGGUCAUGAUGCACAGGUUUGUCAUUGCGGCGAACCUAACUGCGUUGGUUUCAUCGGUGGUAAAACCCAGACUGAUAUCGGGGGCAUGGACGACCAAAUCUUAGACGCGCUCGGUAUCACCCAAGAGGAAGUCAUGCGAUUAACACUCAAGGGUAGCCGGAAGAAGAAGAGUAAGACUUUAGAUGAGGAUUAUGAGUUGGAACUCAAACCGAUGGUGCUCGAAGAUGUACCCAAGGUUAUUACAGCUGUCAGACAGUCUUCAUCAAACAAAAAAAUACUUUUGAAAUUGUUGAAACGAAUGAGGAUGACGGAAAGUCAUGAUAUCCAGCGGCAACUGAUGCGUAUGCAUGGGUUCGCCAUCCAGGCUUCACUCCUCUCGGAAUACCCACAUGACGAGGAUUUGAGCAGACUCGUUAUCGAAAUUUUAGCUCAGUGGUCACAGCAUCUCAAAGCAAAGAACAAGAUAGAGACGUCGAAAAUAGAUGAACCUGUGCAAUUAAUUGAGAAGAGUAGUGAGAAUGACGAGAUAAAGACAGGUGCUCAUACGUUGCUUCAAUUAUGGGACACGCUCGAGUCAGCGUACAGGAUACCCAAGCGUGGAAUAAACCAGACGGAUGAUGAUAUAUUGCUGUCAGAGCACCAAAAUGAGCAAUUAUUUAGUCAAUUACCGGAAGCUAAACGGGUCAAACUUCAUGAGGAUUCACUGUUCAAGUCGCAAAAGGAAUUCGUCAAGCCUGAGGCAACACAGAGCGGCACUCCAUUUGAGGCGCCCACUUUACUCGAUUUGCAGAAAGAGAAAUGGAAGGAACUUCAGAAGCAGUCACCGCAAGAUAGUCAACGCGCUGAGCAGGAGAAUAUAAAAAAGGUUAUCGAGAAUGCCCGUCUAGUGGAGCAGUCGAAGCAAGAAGAGGCUGCUAAGCAGAAGGCAGAGGAAGAAGCAGAAAAACAGAGGAAGAAAGAGGAGAGUGAGAGCAGGAAAGCGGCCAAGAAGAAAGAAGACAAUCGGAAGCGCUCAAAAAGUAAAGAAAAGGAAAAGGAAAAAGACACACAACAGAAGACAGAAAAGGAUAAAAAUACACCAGAUCCUCAUAAAAAACUACAUAAGCAGAUAGGCGAAUUGGUCGUACAUGUCAUGUCCAAAUCCAAAGACAGCUUCAGUCACGAUAGCUUCAAGAAGCACGCCAAAGAACUCACCUCUACGUUGCUUGAAAAGGAGAAAAAGAAAGGCGGUGUGGAGAUGAGUGAGGAUAUGCGCAAUAAGAUGAAAAAGUUUAUCAAGGAGUAUGUGAGCAAAAUACUCGCGAGGAAGCAGAGCAAGGGGGGAGGUGAGAGAAAGAAUGAUGCAAACAAAGAAGAGAAGGGUGAAAAUGAUGAAAAUGAUGACAAGGAUGAAAACGAGAGAAGCGAUACCUCGCAACAAACAACUGCAAAACAUCCAACACCAACAUUCUCCGACCAGGUGCAGUGGUGA